CUGUGUCGUCACCAUGGUGACCGUGCUGCUGUAGAGAGGGAGCCCCGAUCCCGAUCCCGAUCCCGAUCCCGCGGGGGACGGUGCCGUUUUGAAAUUCGCCCGUCUUAGGGAAAAGACUACUACCAUCAACUUUCGUGACCGCAAAGUCUAACUCAGAAACAUAAAGGUACACAAGUCAUUUGACUUUGGUAUAUGCAACACAAUCUUGAAAUUUAGUACCAACACGAAAAUAAGAUUAACAAAGGGGAGGACAUCAACAGAUUCAGGAAGACAUAAGCAGGAUUCAGAUUACAAAAUGGCAUGCAGCAACAAAGAUCUCUGCAGGAAGGAGCCAACUUGCCCACCAAAAUGUGCUUAUGUGUCAAACCCUUAUCUUGAAACAAUGAAAGAAGAUGUUUUAUAUCACUUUGACCUCGGGACGAAAACACACGAUCUGCCUGCUAUGUUUGGUGAUGUCAAGUUUUUAUGUGUAGGAGGAAGUUCAUCGCGAAUGAAACUUUUCAGUCAGUACAUGAAUGAGCUGUUGGGCCUUGGUCAUGCCACUGAUGACAUACCCAAUAUCUGUGCGCAAACCGACCGUUACAGUAUGUACAAAGUGGGGCCUGUUCUUGCAGUCAGUCAUGGCAUGGGAAUUCCCUCAAUCUCAAUCAUGUUACAUGAGCUCUUCAAGUUGCUGUAUCAUGCCAAGUGCACUGAUGUUGUUGCCUUUCGUAUUGGAACCUCAGGUGGAAUAGGCUUGAAGCCAGGCACGGUUGUGAUCAGCAAAGUCUCAGUCGAUCCUUCCUUCCAUCCACACUUUGAACAGAAUGUAAUGGGGAAGACCACAGCUUACUGCACAGAACUAAACGCACAUCUGUCUCAGGAACUACUGAACUGCAGCAAAGAAAAUAACCAAUUUGACACCAUCAUUGGUACAACCCUGUGCACCUCUGAUUUCUAUGAAGGUCAAGCACGUUUAGAUGGUGCAUUCUGCAACUAUACCCAUGAGGACAAGAUGAAAUACCUGCAGCGUGCCUAUGACGCAGGGGUUCGCAACAUUGAGAUGGAGUCCUCUGUAUUCGCAGCUAUGUGCAAACGCAGUGGUUUACCAGGUGCAGUAGUUUGUGUGACUCUGCUGGAUCGACUGCAAGGUGAUCAAAUCGACAAUUCCCACGAAGUACUUGCAGAAUACCAGGAGAGACCACAGAAAUUAGUUGGCUGUUACAUUAAAAAAGUAGCCUGCAAAAUAUAGUUAAUGUUCAUAACAUUAAGAAGAAUGAGUUCAAUUUUUAAGGAGCUUAUAUGAUUUUAAAUAUUUGGAUUGGAGACUUCCUUAUGUUUACACAUUAUCUCUGUAUAUUUUGAAAGCCAUAAAGGAAGUUCAUUCGUAAAUAAACUGUCUUGAUGUUGCCAGUGUUUGGUAAAAUAAAGAGUUUCAUUUGGCCUGGCUAAUUGCUGAAGAAUAAAGAUCUAAACCGUUGCUUCAGUCUGGCAACUUUCUGUAUAACAAUACGUGAAGGAA